AUGUCUUCAAAACUGAGUUUAGUUCUUGGGCUAUUAGCAGUUUUGAUAGGAAGUGCUAUUGGAGAUCUUGAUGCAGAAAGUCCACCAAAUGAAGUUGGAGUUCAAAAUGAAACACCUGACUUUGGAUCAAGGCGUUAUGGAAUGGGAUCAGGACCGCAGCAAUUUGGACCUGGUUCGUCAGGAAUGAAUAAUUUUGGAUUCGGUCCCCAACGUCCUGGUUUUCGACCUGGUUUUCGCCCUGGUGGGCGUCCCGGCAUGAAUCCUGGUGUUCGUCCUGGGGUUCGUCCUGGCUUUAGCCCAGGUAUACGUCCUGGAUUCCGUCCAUCUGGAAUGUAUGGUAUGGGUCCUGGUUUUCGUCCCGGUUUUCGUCCUGGUUUCCGUCCUGGAUUUGGUCCUGGUUUCCGGCCUGGUUUUCGGCCUGGUUUUGGUCCUGGUUUCCGCCCCGGUUUUGGACAUCAUCCAGGUUUUCCUGGACUCCGUCCAUGUCUUGGUAUUCGUCCAUGCCCUCCGUGCUCACCAACAGAAGAAAGCACAACAAUCGUCCCAACUUCUGAAUCAUCAUCUACAAUGGAGUCAAUUUCUGACUCAUCAUCUUCAUUUACUUCUGAGUUACCAUCUGAAACCACAACACCUUCAAUUGAUACAGAAUCAAGCAGCUCAACAAUGGUCACACCACUUGUAACAACAACUGAUCCAACAUUAGAUGAGUCUACUGAUGAAAAUGGUAUUGAAAUGUACGAUUACUUCGACUAUUAUUACUAA